AUGGAUCAGGGUGAAUUAAGCUUCUUCAAUAACAUUGGAAUACAGUAUUGCAAGCCAAUCGCAUCCGGAGGCUACGGAUCAAUCAGUCUUGUAUACUGGGCAAGAUACCAAACAUAUUUUGCGCUUAAAAAGAUCCCAGUUUCGAAGUUUAAAGAAACAGAAGUAGAGUGUAUGAAGAAACUUGAUUAG